AUGAUGGCUCUGGCCGCCAGCCUGGGCGCGGCCAAAGCCCAGCUGGACCAGAUCCCCAAAUGCGCGAGGGACUGUGUGUCCAAGUCCAUGACGGGCUCCAGCUUGGGCGGCUGCAAGUUGGCCGAUAUUGCCUGCAUCUGCAAGAACGACGACUUUCUCAACAACAUUGCCUGCUGCCUGGCCGACGUCUGCAGCAAGGAGGAUCAGGACAAGACGGUCCAGUCUGCCAAGCAGCUUUGCAACGCUUCCAACGUCCAGGUCCCCGACAAGGUCGAGUGCAAGAAGGGGGCCUCGGCGUCGAGCCCGUCGACCCGCUCAUCGUCGUCAUCGGCUACCGGCACCGCGGCCGCCGCUUCGUCCUCGUCCAAGGCCGCCGCGGCUCCGAUGCUCGCCGGCGCAGGCAACCUGGCCGGUGCCCUUCUGGCCGUGGCGGCGGCAUUGUGA